UAUCUUAAACCUAUUCUAUGGUUUCUUAAGAAAUAUUUCAUUCGAGAUCAAUCAUUAUAUGAAAAUGGCGAAUUGUAUAAGAAGAAAUGCUUUUUUCUUCUUGACUCUUCUCUUUCUACUCUCAGUCUUCAACCUCGUUCAGGCUGCUCGUGGUGGUGGCAAACUCCGCCCGCAAGAAUGCAACUCGAAGUGUAGCUACCGUUGUUCAGCAACAUCGCACAAGAAGCCAUGCAUGUUCUUUUGCCUCAAGUGCUGCAAAAAAUGUCUCUGUGUUCCUUCGGGCACCUACGGCAACAAACAAAGUUGUCCAUGUUACAACAAUUGGAAGACUAAAGAAGGCGGUCCUAAAUGUCCUUGAAACUUCUUGUUAAAUUGUAUUUGAUCAUUUCUAGUUUUCUUUAUCAGUCACUUACGUUGUUUAAAUCAGUUUCUAUAAGUUCGUAGGAACUCUAUUUGUCUUAUUACAGUUUUUUCUUGUUGA